AAUCAAUAGGAUUUUAUAUUUCAAAAUAACAAAUUAUAAUAUUAUGUCUAAAUUUCUGUUGUUGGCAAUUAGCCUGGUCAUUGUGGCUAAUGCUCACGGGGUUGUUGAAUUUGAUGAAUUACAGACAAAGAUCAAUUUCUAUAAAAGCAUAGAGUCGGUCGUAUGCGACGGCGACUCUUAUGCCAAAAUUGCGGACCAAAAGUGUUAUUACGUGUCGACCACUCGUGUCAACCAAACGGAUGCCACAAAACUAUGCAAACAAUUGCACCCAAAGGGAGGGCUACUGGCCAUACACUCAGCACAGGAGCAACAACUCGUAAACACAAUACUACACCAAAAGGGCGCCGGUAGUCUGGACGUGUGGUUAGGGUAUGAGUGGACUGGAAAGUAUUGUGAAUAUAAAUGGGUGGACGGCAUCCUAACUAACUAUACUAACUGGGCGUCCAGUGCCUGGUAUGACGGAGACAUCGUGUAUAGUCCGUGGGGUUCGUGUAGUUACCUGGAGGUGGAUAUAAGCAAGCACAUAUUUGGUCAGUGGAUGAGUAGUGACUGUACGAGUGAUAAGCAAGUGGUGUGCCAGGUCGAUUUGAAACACAAAUAACUUUCAUUAAAUUUAUAACAUUCAAAAUAUUUUCGGAUAUUA